AUGGUGAGAUAUGCUGUCUUUGAAGUUUACAAUUUGUUUGACCAAAUCAACACUGAGGUGUUGCGCUGCAAAGUGGAAGUCCUAACUCCUACUACUACUAAGAUCUUCGAAGAAGCUGUCCUCUGCCUCACAUCGCCGAUCAUUCUGCCAUCCGCGGAUUCCACCAGUGCCACAGCAGUCGUUUUCCUAUCCAGCAUAUCCUUUUCAUCGAACCGCCCUCCACUGCAAAUCCGCAACAACCGUCGCGACACCACCUCCAUGAAGCGCACAACCUCUGCUCCUCCAAAGAAUCUCUCGACGAGAUCUGCACCACCAGAAACCAAAGCCAAAAUCGUACCACAAUGA